CACCUCUGCCCUCCGACCGACAGAGGGCGCGCCUCGGAUUGUUCCUGUCAUUAGAGGACACCGACAUGACGACAUUACGGCCGUUCAACUGCGACGAUUUGUUUAAAUUCAACAAUAUCAACUUGGACCCUUUAACAGAAACUUAUGGGAUCCCGUUCUACCUGCAGUACUUGGCACACUGGCCCGAGUACUUCAUUGUUGCCGAGGCUCCUGGAGGGGAACUGAUGGGAUACAUCAUGGGGAAGGCGGAGGGCUCGGUGGCCCGAGAGGAGUGGCACGGCCACGUCACCGCGUUGUCCGUCGCGCCCGAGUUUCGACGGUUGGGAUUGGCAGCCAAACUCAUGGAGAUGCUGGAGGAGAUCUCGGAGAGGAAGGGUGGCUUCUUCGUGGACCUGUUCGUGCGCGUGUCCAACCAGGUGGCGGUCAGCAUGUACAAGCGUCUGGGCUACAGCGUCUACCGGACCGUCAUUGAGUACUACUCGGCCAGCAACGGCGAGCCGGACGAGGACGCCUACGACAUGAGGAAAGCAUUGUCCCGAGACACGGAGAAGAAGUCCAUCAUCCCGCUGCCGCAUCCCGUCAGGCCCGAGGACAUCGAAUAACGACGCUUGUGGCUCACUGGUGGAUGCCAGAAUAGAAAGCCGUUUGAGCAUUCAUGCCUAUAUUCUUGAUAUCUCAAGUACUAGGAUGCUCAUUGUGCUCACUAGUAAGACCCACUAGUAGACUAUUCAUCCUGUGAAUUGUGAAUGAAAACUAGUGGGCUGUGAAUAAAUGCAAAAUUGGUACUAGUACUGCAAAAACUAAAAAUCUUACUAAUAAUAUUUCUUUUAGUCUUAUACUUAAAUAAGACCUAUCACAUUUAAAUUAAGAUUUAUCACCUGAAAAGGAACUUGUUUCAAGCAAAAUUUCACUGGAAAUAAAUAGAGAAAUUUGCCCUUGUAAUAAGAAAAAGAAACUUACCCCAAUGACAAUUUUUUUGUCUCCUUAUUUCAAGGAAAAACUAGCUUGAAACAAGUGAAAAUUGUCUUUAAAUUGUUAAUUGUCUUGUGUUACCGGUACUUAUUAGGUGAGUGUAAUCAUAUUAGUUUUGACUAGAAAUAAGAUGAAUACUCUUGGUAAGAUUUUGAGUUUUUGCAGUGUCGUGCUCAGUUUUACCUCAGUGGUAACAAGUAGUUGUCCUACAACAGUGGUUUUCAAACCACUGAGGACCUUUCCCAUUGCAAUUUGAACAUUAACCCUGCGCCUAAAUAUAGGAAAAUCAAUGUACUUAAUAGUAUAUAUAAUAAUAAUGAUGAUGAUUCAGUUAAAAAUGUAUUGGACAAAAAAGUUACAUAAAAAUGCUUUGUAAAUGUUUGAAAAAAACAUUUCUAAAGGUUUAAAUGCAAAUCGCUGGUGUCAGGCGGAAACCGUGGCAAAAGUAUGGAUUUGUGUAAAAAGUAAUAACUUGACCAAUUUGGGAUAUAUUUUCUGUUUCUGUGUGACGCCAGCGAAUUGGAUUGUACCUAAAAGUUAAUUACAACUGAACUGUAGUUAAAAAGUUGAAGUCACAAAAAUUAUGCAGUUUGAACAUCUUUUGCAUACCACUAGAGGGAACCCACGUACCACUACUCAUUCUACACUGAGAAUCACUCUCCUUAAAACGGUGCCAAAGUUGUCCAACGAGUGAGGACGAAGAGCGCACUAGUACAUAGACCUUAAGCUGAAUAGCAAGGAUACGGAAUAAAUCCUUAAACGGGUUUCUGAAUGCCAGAGAGCCACAGAGUGAAAGCUACAAAUCGUCUUUAAUUGCUGUACAUGCUCAAUAAACAUUCGUAUAAAAAAAAAAAUGUUGGUCAUCAUAAAGACAGAAAAAAAAUCUUAAUCUUGA